UGUCUUCCAUGGUUGAAGCAUGUAACCUCAGAAGUAGUUACAAUGCACAAGGGAUUAGGGAGAAGCGUCAGAUGGAUUAGUUGUAAUCCAAUUUCAUGAGCCUUACCAUGACAUUGUGAAUCAAUUAAGAUUUUAGUAUGUAUAACAACAUCUGUAGUACCUAAAAUUAGGAGCAUACAUUAAGAUUGAUGAAACAUUAGUAAUGAUUGUCUAUUUAUUCAGCAAUUAACAACAUGCUGAAUCAGUUUUGCAAAAUACCUGUGCGUGUUGUCGUUCAACAUCACAUUCCUGCCAUUAAAUUACUUGCUUUACCAGAAACAAAGAAGUGAUGGUCGGUGAAGUAGCCUGUCAUCCAACUCGUACCUCUACUUGCUUUACGAUGGCACUCUCUGAUGAAAGCUAGAAAUAAAUAUGUAAAUUGAAUCCAUAUGUUACCUGUGAUGCUUUGUGAAUUCAUAUGUUGGAUCUCCAACUAUGGUGAUAUCUUGAAAUUAAUAUAGCACAUUUGUUGUUUCUAUGGUUUGGCUUUAAUAGACCGGUGUCUUGCUGAAUACAGAAAAUUAUAAAACUUUGUUGGUUUUAUGGCUUAUGUCCAUCCUUUUCGGUUAAUUAGGAACCCUUGCAUUUGUAGGGUCGUUUCCUGAUCAUUCUUUACAUUAUACUAUUCUUGAAUCAGAGUGUAAGUUUUGCUAUGCCACUUUGUCAUGCUGAAGUGGAACAAGCUACUGAGGAUGACUUGGUUGAACUUAUGGAAAUUGAGAAGCGAAACUUGGGCCAGGCGUUCCAUUUGGAAUCUUUGUCCGAUGUGGACAACACUCCUCAAUCCGUCCUCUCGUUUAGUGGAAAUAAGCAAGUGCAUGCCUUGUAUGAUUUCUUGUUAAAUUAUAGGUUUUUUCUGAAUUCCUUUAAUGGUUGUGAUAUUCCUGUGUUACAUGCACCUGUCCCUUUCCUGAAUGCCUCUUUCCAUGUUCCGGAGGUGAGAUGCAAGGAGAUUAGGAAAGCUGAUAUGGUCAUUCCUUCUUCAUGUGGGUCAGAUACUGAAGAUUUUGAAACCAUUUCUGGUUCAUCUGCUAGAGGUAUUUGUUACAGCAUCGAAAUAAAAGAUACAGUUCUUCCACCAUGGAUUGUUUGUGGUAUCUGUGCAGCAAUGAGCUCUGAUGGGAGGAGUUUCGAGUCCACCUUUACCACUGAACCUAUGUCAGCUGGCUUAAAUGUGGCCCUCAACUGUUUAUGCUGCGACAAUGAUGUGCCCAAGCAGUCGAUUAACACCUCAGUGGAUACUGAUGAUGCAUUAGGCAUUCCUGAUGCUGUUUUGAUCCCUCGUCUGAGUGGAGCAUCGCUAAGGCGUCUCAAAUACACUGAUGGUGCUUUUAUUGCUAACAUCACACCAACAUGAUCAUUGGCAAUUGCAUGUAUUUGCUGUACAUGAUCAAUGUUGUCGCUAAAGCGGCUUGUAUUCCCCAGUGAACUUGCUUAGUUUUUGGAGAGCCCACAUGUUUGUGGCUCGUGGUAGAAAUUGUGAAGCGGCUAGCUGUCUCACCUAGAGUAGCUUUUUGAUGAUCCAUUAUGUUGGAAAUUUUA